AUGAACCCACAGUCCAAUCCUUCACUCCACUCCUCAGUCGCUACCACUGCAGCAGCACCACUGGGUCAUGCCGGCAUGAUGUCCGUGCCUUCUUCCACCGACCAACAAUUCGCAUACAUUCCACCGAAACAAAUGAUGCCCUUAGAUUACCAUCAUCCACAACACCACCCUAUGUAUCCAACCUAUGCUCCCGGCGAGUUCAGUCCUCAUGAAUAUCAUCCACAUCAACAUCAACAUCAUCAUCAUCAUCCCCUUCAUCAACCUACCAUACAUAGACAACAUCCACAGCAUGCAGUCGUACCGCCACUGCCGCCACCACUACCAGCACACCAUCACCAUCACCACCACCACCAGCAGCAGCAGCAGCGACAACCUUCCUCUUCUUCAUCCUCGACGACGACGACGACAACGACCACCACCACCACCCCUACGCCAACAAACGAAGGCACGCCGCCACCUCGCAAACGCACUCGAGCCACGCCAGAACAACUGGCUGUCUUGGAAAAAACAUUUAGUGUCAAUCCUUCUCCCAAUAACCGCGUGCGAGAGCAGCUGUCGCGUGAGCUCGGAAUGUCUGAGCGAUCCAUCCAGAUCUGGUUCCAGAACCGUCGCGCCAAAGUCAAGAAUCUUGCUAAACGCUCAUCGCUGCUUCAUGACGAAACAAUUCGAAUGCAAUACUAUGCCGCUUCUGCUGCUGCCGCCGCCUGCCAAGCAGCGGCCUAUCAUUAUCAGCAAACCGCCCCGGAUGGCACUAUGACAACUAACCCUGAUCUGUACUAUUAUUAUUACUAUUACUACUACAACCAGCAACAGCAGCAGCAGAACCGACAAUCAACGACUACUCCUAAUCCAAACAACAGCGACACUACCAAUACAGCAUCUUGUUCUUCUUCUUCUUCUUCACCAACUACUUCUACCAACAAUAAUAACAGCUGGUUCUGUCCACCACCUCCGCCUCCUCCACCUCCACCGUCGUCAUCAUCGUCGCCACCUUCUUCUACUACAGCACCCACAGCCGCGGCAUCGAAUAGUCAUAGCACAGUCGCUCCUCCGCCGCCGCUACCUCUGCAGUCAACCCCGCCACCGCCUCCUCCUCCUCUACCAAUGUCUCUGGGAGGAAACAGCGCCGACUGGUCUUCGGUCACGCCUCCGCCUUCAUCGACUUCUUCACCGCUAUCAGCCUCAGUGUCCGAUCCGUUGCGCCAGAGCGUGGGCGCUAGUUCGACUGCUCGCCGGGUCUCGGCCUCCACACCUGGCCGUAUGCGUGCACAUUCGCUUGGACCUUAUCCACCACCCCAUCGACGUUCUUACGAGCGUCACAGUUCAGUCGAUGCGCCUACAGGUCCUUUACAACAGGCAGCUGCAGCGGCCGGUACCCCAAUCCCUGGCAGUGCCAGUGGGGGUGGUCACCCAUCCUAUCGCAGCAGAAGCUAUACCUCGCCAGCCGGUCAAGCGUACUGGCCCAUGAUGGGUUACACGGAUCCAAUGACAGCCGCAAGCAGCACGUUUGCUGCGAUCCAACAGCAGCAACACAUGGCUGCUGCUGCUGCUGCUGCUGCUGGUGGCGGCUAUUACCUGGGCAUGCCUUCCCAAGAUGAUCGACUUGGCACCCCCAUGUCCAUGGACGGCGGUAACGGCGAAGACGAUAUGAUGCCGAAUCGCUUUUCGGCCGAAGCACUACAGAUCGGCACAUGGCGACGUAUGAGUCUCCAACCCAACGAUCUUGCUUGUCACUACGAUACCCAGCGCCGCGUACUCGUGUGGCGCAUCCAAGACGGUCAGCAACGAUUCAAGAUGGAAUAUACGUUUGACACGGUGCUUCAGGUCCGUCUCGAGCCGAUUCUCGAACGACUGGGCUGGGCACGGCUCGAGUUACGUAUUGCACAGCCUGAAGCCAUUGCUUUUUACAUGGAGUCGAACGGUAGCGGUACUUGGACACAGUGUCGUGAUUUCACGCAGGAUCGACAGGCGACUUCAAUCAACUUGCAUCAUCUUGAUGGGCCAGCUUUGGCUCUGCGAGCCGAGGUCCAACGAUGGGCUCAAAAUGAUCCGCAUAUUCAGUCUUUGCUGCAGCAGCAACAGCAGCAGCAACAACAACAACAGCAUCCGCAUGCGAUCGAUCCGCGGUGUCUGUCCGCCAAUGCCACUCCCGUCCAUGAAACACCUCGUGAAAUGACGCCGGCCGAUAUCAUCAUGGGCAUGCCGCCGAGCACCGUGCCCGAGGAAGAAAGCUCGAUGCUGUCGCUAUUGGAGCAUCGGAAUAGCAUCAGCGACGGCAAGGAUGCUGACGAUCAAAAGAGCAAUACCGACGAUCAAGAUCUUUUAUUAUUCCAAGGCAUGGGACCUCAGGGUUGA